GCGCAGGUUUCAGUCAGAGGAGGAAUAGCGCUUCAGAGAGUCACGAACAGUUGGAGCUCUAAAAACGAAAGAUGUCUUUCGUCAAUGACAAACUGUACAAUGGGUACCUGCGGCGGAACAUGCCCACCAUUGUUAGCAAGGUGAAAGUGAGAGAAAUAGUGAUCCAUCUGCCUUGCCUGACUGCUCACGACCGGGAAACUAUAGAAGCAAAACGAGAGACUAGUGGGAAUUUUGAAGCCAUGAUUCUUCUUCUGGAUUGUCUAAAGAGAAGAGAAAACUGGCCGGAGCAGUUCAUUGAUGCGCUCGAGGCAUGUGAGCAUCGCACUAUUGCAGCUGAUAUCAGAAGAGAAUACAACGCUCUGAGAGGCAGCAAUUCCAACCCCAGCUCCCCUCCAAUGAAUGUCGUGAGGGCACACGUCCAUCCACCACCAUCUGACAGUCAUUUGCCAAUUCCAGAAAGUGGUGCUGCUGCUGCUUCUCCAGCUGAAGCUCCUCCAGCUCCUCCAGAGCCAGCUACCCAGGCUCCACCUCCUCCGGAAACCCCAUCACAGCUGCUGCAAGCCACCCAGACCCCAGCAGCAGCAGCAGCAGCAGCAGCAGCAGCCGCCGCCGCCCAAGUUCCCGAAGCAGUUUCCCCACCUGAGCCCGUCGCCGAGCCUCCACAGUCGACUCACAUCGACGCGAAGCCUCCUCCAUCAACACCUCCUCCGUCCCCUGAGACCCCGCACGCUCAGAUGACCACGCCCCCGCUGCAACAGAGGGAGAUUAACUCCCAUCAGGAGCCUGAGGAAAACUCUGAAUCAGAUAUCCCGGUUCAGGGGAGGUCAGCAAAUGUCGAGGUUUUGGUUAACUCUGCGACCACCCCGCAUCCAGUCGAGCAGACUGAAACAGGCGCUCCAUCCUACCCAGAUCAUCUCCAAACAGCGCCUGCCACUGAGGAGGAACCCCCACGGAGUCAAUCUCCAGCUCAGAUGGACUCAGAUGAAUCCUCCUUUCUCACUUUGACCCCAGCGAAGGCUCCGGUCCAGGACACCACCCCUCCGGUCAACACGAUUCCUGCUGCUGUCCUGCAGCCUGAGGAGACUUCUGAACCUGCUGCUGCACAGAUUGUUGAGAGCAGCCCGCAGACUGAAACUGCAGCUACAACCUCCCCUCAGCCUGAUGCUGCUGCGGCUGCUUUGGUGAACGCCUCCCUUAAUGAUGACGACUCUGUGUGUCUCAGCAAGCCUGGACAACUGGUCAGCAUCCAACCAGCAAACCACACCAGUCCCACUGUCCCUGCAUCCAUGGUGCUGGUGGAGCCCUACUCUGGUAACAGUGAUCGUCUGGAAAUAAGCGAAGCUGCACCAGACGUCGUGAGCUCUUCUGCAUGCUCCGCUGUCGAGAACACCGAUACAGCACUGCCAUGCCAGGAGAACGGCAUCGCCCCUAACCACAACGAACCCGAGGAGAACCAUUACGAGUCUCCGUCUGAGAGCUUGGACAUGCAGGAGGUUCAGGAGAACGUGGUGCAUGUGUCCGAGGUGCCGUCCAUCCUUAACCAGGGCGGCCAGACCCCGGCGCCGCAGAUUCAAAUCAACGGCGAAGCAGCCAAAGAAUUCACCUCUGCACCUCCUGCUGAUACCGUAUCGGGUUCCUGUGAACCUGCAGCGGCUGAUAUCUCACUCGUGCAGAAUUCAGACGACAAGACGGCUCUUCAGACCAAUCUCAGCCGGUCGCCUAACACAAAGUACGUUCUGACUGCUGUGGGAGUCGGUGCCUGUGCCCUGCUGGCGGCGUGGAGGUUCAAGAGUUAAAGGAAUCUAAUGCGUUUAAUGACGAUAAAGAAGAUACAGAAUGGGAAGGCAUGAGGCAACAGUUUAAUCAUUACCUAUCCUAAUAAUAGCUGGCUUGUAAGACCUUUGAUCAUGUCAUUAAUUACAGAUCUGUGGUUGUUUUAUCUUUUUACUGUUGAGAGCAAAAACCAAAUCUGCCCUUCGUGGUCUACUCGGGGUCACUUCAUGGACCUGGGUUGAGAUCUCAGGUAAUUCCUGCACUUGCUGGAAAUGUGUGGUUUUUAAAGGUACACUGCAGUCGUUAAGUAAUGAUUGUGUGUUCUCUCGUCUGAUAAGCCGAAUCAGACUGUGAGAACUAGUGUAUCAUAAAAGUGAAUUUUAUUGGACUGGGGAAGAGAGAAAACCAGCAGGUCACCAAACUCUGUAAAUGUCCUUUUCCUGUCCAUAGCAGGAAACAGGGCUGUAAAUGAUCGCUAUUGCACUGUCUGUAUUUAUUUGUAAAUAUAUAAAUAUAUAUACACACGAUAUGGAAAUCCAAGUAUGUAUUUUAAGAGAAACUGAUGUGUCAGAAGCAUUCCAAAGCACUCGUGAUGUUUCAGAUAUUCAACAAAGAAUCAGUCAGCUGAACCCCUGCAGAGUUAUUUUACAUGCUUAGAAAACUCCCGUAUUUUUAUAAAAACCAUUGCACUCCUUAGUAGAGAUUUGUCUUUUUAUGGCAGCAGCCCCCAGGUUAUUUCUAAGCAGGAAAGCGUCUUGCAUUACUAUGACAAGUCGUAUUGUCAUUAGCUGCGUAUUUUUUGCGGGGUGGAGUUUAUUUUGUGAUUUUUGAGGCUUGUUUCUUUUUUUCUUAAUGCUUGAAAAUGUAAACGUGUAGUAAAUGUUACUAUACUAUAGUAAAAAUACUACUGUACUAUAAAAACUAUUUUGCUGAACUUGGUGAAUUUGGUCCUCAGUGGACCUUUUUAGGCGACCAGCGAUCUGCACAAUUCACUGUGGGCUUUCUGGCAUUUUAUUUGUUGAUUAGAAAAUGUAGAAACAUGUUUGUCUGUCAUGGAAGGUGAGAGAUUUUUAUUGUAAAUAGCUUUGUCAGCACAGGAAAAGGUUAAUUUAGAAGGUUUUGCACAUUUUAAGAGCGUAUUUGAGCUGCACAGGUGGAGAUGAAAUGUAUUUUGAUUAUGGCUCACGUGUAAAUUGUAAUCUGAGUUCAGUUUUAACUGACAUUUUAUGCACUGUCUCUAGCUAUGCACUGCAGCAAUCAUCAAUAAACAUGAAAUUAUAUUUAAAA